AUGAUAUUCACUGGAUAUUUGGGUCAAAAUUGCAUGGACAAAUAUAUGAUGUCGUCGUGGAAUAGUCCAGCCCAGGACACUGUCCUUCCUACCACUAACCCUUAUGGGAAUUAUACAGUGGUAGACACAGUGCCAGAAAGUAUGCUCCAUAUGGUACAUUCUCACUGGUAUCAAUUCCCUCCCAUGAAUCCUCUCUGGUAUGGUCUUCUCGGCUUCUGGAUGACUGUCAUGGGAACACUGUCUGUAGCUGGUAACUUUGUUGUCAUCUGGGUAUUCAUGAAUACCAAGAGUCUGCGAACACCUGCCAACCUCUUAGUUGUCAACUUAGCCAUCUCCGAUUUUUUCAUGAUGGUCACCAUGACUCCUCCUCUUCUGGUCAACGCUUAUUGGGGAACGUGGGUUCUCGGAGCAUUCUUCUGUGAGAUCUAUGCCUUCUUCGGUUCUUUCUUCGGCUGUGUGUCCAUCUGGUCCAUGGUCUUCAUCACUGCUGACCGAUACAACGUCAUCGUCAAGGGAGUAUCUGCUGAACCUCUCACAUCUGGUGGAGCCAUGAUGAGGAUUGCUGGCACUUGGCUUUUCACUCUUGCCUGGUGCCUUCCUCCUUUCUUCGGAUGGAACCGAUAUGUACCUGAAGGUAACAUGCUUGCAUGUGGUACUGAUUACCUGACGGAGACUGAACUCUCCAGGAGUUAUCUGUACGUCUACUCUGUGUGGGUAUAUCUCUUCCCUCUUGCCUAUAUCAUCUACAGCUACACUUUCAUCGUUAAGGCUGUUGCUGCUCACGAGAAGGGAAUGCGAGAACAAGCCAAGAGAAAAUGGGGGUCAAACCCCGAAGGGGUGAGGAAACCAGAAAGGGCCCCCUUUCUGAAAUGCCGUUUUGUGCAAAGGGGCUCUCAGGAAAUGUGA